UGCCCAACAACCCCUGUUUGGAAACGGUUAGAAAAAUCUCCCAUUUAUUUCUCUCCUCUUUCUUCUUCUUCAAUUAAACUUCAAAACCCUAAACAUCCAAAUCCAAACUCCGCCAUGGUUUUGAUCGGAAUCGCCCUCCCAAAUCACAACAACAAUACAAAUUCAAACAACAACAGCAAUCAUAAUCAUAAUCGAGUUAAGGGGUCGUGGAGUCCUCAAGAGGACGCUACCUUAAUCAAAUUGGUUGAACAGCAUGGCCCUAGAAAUUGGUCUUUGAUCAGCACUGGAAUUCCUGGCCGUUCCGGUAAGUCCUGCCGUUUGCGUUGGUGUAAUCAGCUCAGUCCCGCGGUUCAGCAUCGUCCGUUUACUCCAGCGGAGGAUGCUGUGAUUGUUCAAGCGCACGCUGUUCAUGGUAACAAAUGGUCCACCAUUGCUCGCUUAUUACCUGGCCGAACCGACAAUGCGAUUAAGAAUCAUUGGAAUUCGACGCUUAGACGCCGUCGUGAUGCCGAUUUGUCGUCUGAUUCCACGGCGUUCUUGAAGCGGCCGAGUUAUGAAGUUUCUAGGUCGGCGUCGGAUGAUGAUGAUAACGAUGAUGAUGAUUCGGAAGCUUCUUUGAAGCGUACGUGUUUUAACCGGAACAGCGUUGGAGGAGGAGAACCGGAGACGUCGUUGAGACUGUCGUUGCCGGGAGAGGUGGUGGUAGCGGCGGAGAUGGAUGUGAGAGUGAAGGAGGAGGUGACGGUGGAGAGCGAAAAGAACGACGAACGGCGACGGGUAGUGGCGGCGGCGGAGGAAGAGAAAGGGAAUCGGAAAAGGGUGGUGGAUGAGAGUAGUUUGGCAACCAUAAUGCAGAGGAUGAUAGCCCAGGAGGUUAGAAAUUACAUAGAUAGUUUACGGGCACGUGGUGGGCUUGGAAUUGGGCCUGGAGUUGGGCCUGGGCUGGAUCCUUCAGCCCAAGAAACUCCAUAGAGUAAUUCCCCUUUUUCUUUCUUAUCCCAUCUUUGGUUGUUUGAUUUGUUGGGAUAAGAUUAAAACAUACGAGAAGAAGAAGAAAAGAAAAGGAAGAAAGAAAACUUAUGUCUUUUUUUUUUUUUUUUUUUUUUCUUUGAGAUUAUAGUGUUUGGAUAAAGAGAGAGAAAAAAAAGAGAAGUUGUGAACUAGAUGGGCAGUUUAGAUUUUAGUUUUUAAAGGGGUUUGGUGUUAAAAUAUUUUAAUCUCCCUUUUUCUUUUUUACAUAGUGACAAAAAAAAAAAAAAAGAACAAAAAAGGGAUUUUAGGGUAUAGGAGUUGAAUGUGGGGUUGUGUUGUUUAUUUGUUGGUUUAAUUAAGAGGUUUAAGGAUUUGGUUGUUUCAUGUUUUAUUUAAAGGGUCAUUAAGAAUUGAAUUGGAAGUACCAUUUUGUUGGCUA